AUGGGUCCUACACCAGCCACCAUCUAUUUUGGAGUUCCGGACCUCUCUUGCACACCGGAGCGGAGGGCGAUUCUCACUGUGCCCCCUGAGGAACAUUUCCCAGCGGAGAUAUUGCUCCAUGAUUUCAGCACUUCCUCAGAAUUGACCAAAGGAGUGGACGGCUUGGACGUACAAGGCUUCACAUACCUGAAGCAUCACUCGAAGAUUCAGGCGCUGGGAAACAGCUGGGAUGACGCUCAACUCAAUCAGUAUCAUCCUGAACUUGAGGCGCUAAUGUGCGAAUGGCUUGGCGCUAGGAAAGCGUUUGUUAUCAACACCGUUGUCCGCCGUGUGAGCACGCGGUCCGAUCCUAGGGACUGGGUCGACCGCGACAGCAACGUUGGAAAGGAUCAGGAGUCGAGGCGACACGACAGAAUCUUAGUGGCCGGCUCCCAGGGAAAAGCGGAUAUGGGCCCUGUAGCGAAAGCACACACAGACCUGACUCUCCGAGGCAUGAGAAACACGGUGCGGUUCGCUCGCAAAGACAUUGCCGAGUGGGCUCAGGAUAUUCUAAGAGCCGAAGACGCUGGUCGCCCAGCUCCACGAUAUGCCGUCUACAGUGUUUGGCGGCCACUAGGUACAGUCGAGCGAGACCCCAUGACGGUGUGCGAUUAUCGUACUGUAGAUCCCGAUGGGCUGAUUCCAGUCCCAAUCCGCUUUCCUAGCGAACUGGUGGGCGAAUUUACAGCCUACUCAGCAAAUUUGCGGCGGCCAGCAAAUGAUAAGACAAACAUGCAGAAAUGGUUCUGGCUGCCGAACUAA